AUGUUUCCUUCAGUGAUGGAAGAGGACGGCAACGACACCUACACCACAAAAGAUGAAGAAUUCGUUGCUGCGUUGACUCCAAUUCUUUCGCUUCCGGAUGAUUUGCUGCUGAGCUGCGUCGCACGCGUCUCCAUAUUAUACUACCCGACUCUCUCCCUCGUCUCCAAGAGCUUUCGAUCUCUCAUUUCUUCACCGGAGCUACGCAAGACCCGAUUAUCUCUAGGCCGCAAAGAGGCUUGUCUCUAUGUGUGUUUUCAGUCUGAUCCUAACCCUAACCCUUGCUGGUUCAUUCUCUGCCGGAAACCUGAUCGAACCCUAAUUAAUGGGUCAAGUGGGAAUGUUUUCGUUCCAUCCUCAUGUCCAAAUUCUGAUUUCAACAUUGAAGAAUUGUCUUAUGGUUUGAGCUGGUGCAAUUUUUUUUGUACGAUCGAGAACGCAACGUGCAGUAAUCAAGAUGGAGUUUUACUAUAUCGAUGGCGUGACGUGACUGGAAAACAAGAGUGGAAGAAACUGGAGUUGAAGGGUUUGAAAGGACUGCCUGAUAUUGAAAGGCAUGAUGAUUAUUUUCAGUUGGUGGAUUAUGGCGGAAAGCUGGCCAUUUUAUGGAGUGAGCUUUGCGGUGAGAAGAAGGUAAUUAGGUGUGCCGUAAUUGCGCUUUCGUUUGAGAGGCGUAACAUUGGAGAAAUUCAUGGGGAGGUCGAGUGGUGGGACGAGGUGCUUGCAGUUCCAAAAUCAUAUAAGUCGGGGUAUGCAGUAUGCUCUCGCUGA